GACAGGUUGUGGUUACAAGUGGAAAAUGUCACUGGGCACUUUAAAGAAGAAAGAGAGAGAUAGAGAGAGAGAGGUGAGAAUGAGGAGACAGAGGGAUGAGUGACAGAGAGAGAGAGAGAGAGAGAGAGAGAGAGAGAGAAAGAGGGAGGGAGAUUGCAUAAGAGAGUGGGAGAUGUUCAAGUAGAAAGAAAGAAAGGGGGACAGAAACAGAAAAAGAGCAAAAGGAAAUCUACUGAACUUGUCAGUCCAGCUCAGAGGACGACAAUGUGUUUCCCUUCAGGGACCCUCGGCUACUUUUACUGACCCCCGCUCAUCAGACGUACUGUCAUGGCCUUGGAGAUCCUGUGGUCCUUAAACAUCCUGGUGGUUGUGUUUUCGGUGGAUGCAGCCCACUCCCAGCAAGGCUCACGAGGUUUAAGACUCUCCUGCGUAAAUGAUGUUAUCAACAACGUCACCUGUACCUGGAACGGCUCUCCAGCGGCUCCUGGUGUGAACUGUUCGAUCUCUGGUGUGAAGAAAACCAGGAUCAAGAUGAACAAGAAGAGAGUUGACAGCCAAAUGAUUCGAACCUGCAGUCUGGACCACCUAAGCUCACCUCCGGGCUGCAGUUUUGUCUUUGAAAAUGAAGAAUUGAACUGUUUGAAAGACAUGCCCUACAUCAGAAUGGAGUGUGAUGGGAAGUUGGUGGACAACCUCACAAACUAUAAGCCAUGUGAUCACAUCAAAAUGCAUCCUCCUGGCGUUCCUAAUGUCAGCACCACUGCCAAUGACACCUGGAUAUCGUGGACUGCAGGCAGUCCUCGCUCGAGCUUUAUCAAGUUCUUUAAGUUCCAACUUCAGGUCAAACAGAAAAAACAGACAUGGAAGGAGGCCCACAAUCUGUUCAUGCAAGAAGUAAAGGAAAAAAUACUUUCUUCAAAACUAAAGGGAUACUGCCAGGCCAGGGUGAGAGUCAUCCCCACUCAAUUUCCAAAUAGCCACUGGAGCAACUGGAGUCCAACAGCAUCCUGGGUAGUAGCAACAGACGAGGUCGCACCAUCACAAAAUCAAGAGUGGCUUCUGGGUCAGACCUCACUUUUAAUGGUGGGAGUGAUAUUCAGCUUCGGUCUCAUCCUCACUUUAAUGUUGGUCCUUAACAGAAGCUGCCUGAGCAAGGGAUUCCACAAACAGAUGCCAGUACCAAACCCUUCAAAAUACUUCCACACUCUCCACUCUGUCCACGGAGGAAAUCUAAAAACGUGGCUCAAUCCUCUGUCAGCUGCUGAGUCAUUCUUCACGGCCGAGCCACGCGACCACAUCUCACGGGUUGAGUUGUGUGAAGGCUCUGACGGGCACCCAUCCACCUCCUUCAGCUCCACCGGCAACCUGCUUCACUUCAACAGCUGCCCCUCGGCUGGCUCAGACACCAGCGGGGUCGACAAUUCCUCCUUCUCCUCUUCGUCCUUCUUCUCUAACAUGGGCUACUUCUUAUCCAGCUCCUCCACCAGCUCGGCUCGGACUGACCCUUAUCCUGCCUACUUCACCUAUCAGGAAGAUUUCCACAAUCUGCACAAGGGCCACAACCUUCAUCUCUCCCUCUGCCCCUCCAUCACCCCAACUCCAAACUAUGAGAGCUUGAAGAGGGAGCCUCAGAGUCCAGACUCUGGCUUUGGCAUUGGAAAGGAAGAUGAAGAGGACAAGGAAGAUAGAUUGGUUGUGGACGAAGAGACGGAAGAGGUUUUGGAUGAUCACCAGACCUCUCCUCUUCUCACCCUCCCUCUCCAUCUUCCUUCCCAGAUGUGUCCCCCUUCCUCCCCUCUCCCCUCUGCUAAUGCUCCCAGUCUAACUCAGGUAUCCUCUGACAGUCAACAGGUGGACACACCUGUGGCAGCUGCUGGUGGUAGCUAUGCGGGCUGGCCCGUGGUAGGUGCUAUGUGCCGGUCUUCCUCCAUGCCUGUGGAGCCCUGUAAAACAGGGUAUCUGACCCUCAAAGAGCUGCAGACAACAUUUAGCAAUAAAUCUAUCUGAAAACCUAUGAUGUGUCUGGAAUAUAAACAACCUGAAUGAUUCUUUAGUUAAAUUUGACUGUGGAUGUGAGCAUCUUCAACAGAAUAUACGUAAUGUUCUUGUUCAGCUUUGAUUAAGAAAAAAGAUUUUUUACAUUUCAACAAAGAUUUUUAUGCUUUGAAUUUGCGUUAAUUAAUUUUUGGUCAGUUAGGGGAAGACAAACAGGCUGAAGGCACGUAACCGACAUACAGUAUUAUCACCCAAGUUUUUAUGAUGAACGUGUUAACAAACACAUUCUUUCUGGCCAGCUGAUGAAUGUAAAUCCAGUACUGACUCUCUUUUUGCCCUGUCCUGGUCUCUACCAGCUUCAGAGGGAGGGCAUUUGCUUGAAACAAGGUUCAUAAGACUGGUGAGAGUGAACCAAAACAGUAAAGAUCGGGUGUUAAUGCUGUGCUAUCUAAACGAGCAACCCCUUUCACAUAGCACAAAGUCAUCUGAUCAGUUGUAGAAGUACAUAUUUGGGACUGCUGAGUCACUCUUCAGCCGAUACACAUGCAGAAUUGUAUACGAUACGUCAUUGUUGAAUGUGUACAAUUCUGUUAAAUUCUUGACUUUAAGUAACCUUUUUUUUCAUGUUUCUGUGUGCCUUAUUUGUAUUAUUGUGCAAAUACAUAUGAGUCAACAUAAUGAAGCAAAGCAUUAAAGGAGACAUUACUUUAAA